AUGCCAUCGAUCAAUCUCAGCGGCUUGCCGUCGCUAAAACGGCAACACCUUCUGGCUGAAUUCUCCGGCCUCAAACAGGCGUGCCCGGAAGGCAUCUUUGUCAGUCUCACACCGGGCGAAGUCACAUUAUGGUCUGGUGCCAUGUUCAUCAGGAGAGGACCCUAUGAAAACGCCAUCCUACGAUUUCAGAUUUCUUUUCCAGACACUUAUCCACGCCUGCCACCCCUUGUCACAUUCUCCUCAGACAUGUUCCAUCCACUCAUUGCUCCUCUCACCACCUACAUGUACACAACCGACAUUCAGGACAAUGGAACCGUCAGUGCCACCGACGACGAACGCCUCCCGCCCGGGGGCUUCUCGCUCCGCCACGGCUUUCCCGGCUGGUUCGGGAGGAGGGGCCGUAGCAACACCGCCCACGCUAGAAAGGUCAGCGGCGGGCAGCAGCCUCCAGCCACGCCGGCCAAGGGUGGCAGCAGCAGCGCCAUUACGACCCCAGACUCAAGAGCCACUGCAGGCCCCACUACUGCGAGUGGCAGCAGCAUAUCAACCUACGAGGUCCUGCAGUACAUUCGCAGCACGUUCGACGAUGAAGCUGUGCUUGACUCAGUACCGCUGGAGGCUGCGGGGAACCCUGGUGCCUGGCACGCGUGGCGUACUCGUCAGCGGCAGAGGGUAAAGCUGAGCGACAGCGCCGCUCCCCCUGCCAAUGCUUCUGUGCCCAAGGUAGACGGCGAAAACACAGAGGCUGAGCCUGAAGCAGAAGGGGCCGAGAAGGGUUACGAAAAGGAGGAACCGCCGGCUAAAGAAGGAGCAGAGACCGCUGCUGCAGCUGUGCCACCGCCGGCACCGACCAUGUCAUCAAGAGACCCGGGGCAGUGGAAUUGGGCUGGUGUUUGGGAGGACAGGGUCAAGAAAGGGAUCGCUGCUUCGCUUUCUGAGCCGGUCUUGUACGGCGGAGCAGCUGCCGGAGAUGAUUUAAUUCACUUUCUGUCGAUGGAAGAAAAUGACGUUGGGGUCGUCAAGGACAACUUGCUGCGCACCUUGGGAAGCCAAGCAAGCAUGGAAGGUCAUGAUCUCGACCCUACUUCCACCUCGAAUGAGCCGGCGCCGCUUCGAGUGAUCAAGCGCCAGUCAAGACGGAUUCGAGGGAGCGAUGCCACCAGCGAGUAUGGCAGCACGCGCUCCCGGCGAACCAGCGGGCAGACUGAGGAGAGCAUUGGAAGCGCUCCCGGGCUACCGGGCUGGGAUCGUCCUCUGACCGUGAGGAAGAAGCGGCAAUCCGUUUUCACGUCGUCCUACUCUUCGAGCCCUCCAAUUCGAGCUCUUCGGCCAGAGCGUUCUUACAUGAUGCUUCCGCACACGAGAGAACAAAUCUCUUCCAAGAUUCAUUCCAACGGCGGCAUGUCAAGUCUGAAGUACCCCUCGCCCAUCAAAGAAAUGCCGGAUUCAGUGCUCCCCGAUGGGAUGGACGGAUACCUUUCCCCAGCGCAUCAUUCUUCCUACGACAAGAAUGAAAGUGUUUCGCAAUCUCCAUGUCCCAUGGAAUAUAGCAAUGCGUAUCAUGCGCCCAUCUAUCAAGAUGCUCAUGUGCUCGUGCCGCAUAUAUCGAUUACACCCGAGGCUCGGAAAUGGGAUAACAGCGGUGACGUGCUGUGGACUGCGAUCGAGAUCACCGGCCAAGUUCGCCAGUCGUCGAACUCACAGCCUGCAUUUUCUCAAUAUGUGGGCUGCGAAGGCAUUGCCCUCCCAGAUCCCUUCCGUUACGGCCUACUAUUCGAUAUUCGCAUCAACAUACAGCCGCUCAGGGGAGCAUUCGUCACUGAGCUUUUACAAGACGACCCCAUACCAACGCACGUCACCCUUCUCUGA